AUGGGGAGCCAUUGGAAACCAGGCGUUGUAACAGAACACGCAGAAACACCAAGAUCCUAUAGGAUUCGAACUGAUGAAGGUAGAGAAUACCGCAGAAAUAGAAGAGCAUUAAUAAAAUCACCAGAAAGUGGUCUAUCAGCAACAGACAUCUCACCUCAUCCUUAGUCUCCAACCGUGAGAGCAAAUGAGCAUUCAACCUCAAAGGAAGCAGCCAAUCAAGCAAUCCCAUCUGUUGAAGAGCCCAUUUCGACAUCCCAAGAGCAAGGGGAAAUGUAUUCAUCCGAGGAGGAAAUCUCAGAGCCUCUCAAGACAGCAAGUGGAAGAACUGUGAGAAGGCCUUUGCGUUUCAAGGAUUAUGUUAUGUGA